UGUUAAAUAAGACUUACCUGAUUUUAAGAUAAAUACGGACUGCUUUGUUCCCUCCCACUGGGCACAUGCACACGUUGUUCCCGUUUCCUCCUGGCCGCAGCCAAUAACCUUCCGCUUCGCCAACAUUUAGAGUCCCUCGUACUUUCCCUUCGCCAUAUGACAACUGAUUUCCUCUUCGCUUAAACCACACUUGGACGAUCGGUGUCUCCUCUCUACAGUUAGAUUUUUUAAAAUGCAUUUACGCAGCAUGCUUUUAGUAGAGAGGGUGUGUGUGUUUCUUUGUUUUAUUGUGGCUGCGACCUUCGCCUCUGCUGACAAGAUGACAGCAGCCACAGUGUACUGGGACCCCCAACACAAGACCGUCCUGCUGAAAGAGGGGGUGCUGGAGACGGCAGGAGAUGCAUACGGGUAUCUGAAUGAUACCCUGUCCACUACAGGCUGGAGCACCCUAGAGAUUCGUGCCGGGUAUGGACUGACCCCUGAAACUGAUGAGAUCACUUUCUUUCUGGCCGGCUACCUCGAAGGUUUCCUCACAGCACAGCAGAUGAUGGAUCACUACACCAACAUGUUUCCACAGCUGAUCCAUGACCCGAAGAUCAUUGCCCCCAUUAAGAAUUUCAUGGCGAAGCAGGACACGUGGACCAGAGAGCAGGUGAAACUGAACAAGAGCUCUGAUCCUCUGUGGAAACACACAGGCUUCAUUGUGGCCCAGGUGGACGGGCUCCAAGCAGGAGUUGCAGACUGGGCCAAAAAAAAGGGGAAAAAGCCGCUGUCCCUGUUCGAUGUCCAGUUCCUGAAUGCAGUGGGAGACCUGCUGGAUCUGAUCCCAGCCUUGGUCCCUACCUCCAACCAUUCGCUCAGAAGCUUCAAACUUCCAGGAAUGGGGCACUGCUCUGCACUGAUCAAGAUGCUGCCCGGGUUUGAGAACCUCCUGUUUGCCCACUCCAGCUGGUACACGUACGCUGCCACAAUGCGGAUCUACAAACACUGGGAUUUCCACAUCAGCGAGCCCCACACAGCCACUGGGAAACUGUCCUUCAGCAGCUACCCUGGUUUCCUCGUGUCUCUGGAUGACUUCUACCUUUUGGGUAGUGGGCUGAUGAUGACCCAGACCACUAAUAAUGUCUUCAAUGCCUCCCUUUUUGAUAUAAUAACCCCCAACAGCCUGCUGGCAUGGCAGAGGGUCAGACUGGCUCACAGUUUGGCACAUACUGGAGAAGAGUGGGCCAAAACAUUCUCAAAGUACAACUCUGGCACAUACAACAACCAGUACAUGGUGUUGGACAGGAGCAAAGUGAAGCUGAAUCACAGUGUUGAGGAUGGCGCUCUGACUGUGGUGGAGCAGAUCCCGGGGCUGGUGGAGUACUCUGACCAAACACAGGCUCUGCGCAGAGGUUAUUGGCCAUCCUACAACGUCCCCUUCCACCAGAAGAUCUACACUCUGAGUGGUUAUGGACAAAUGUGGGAGGAGUACGGAGACGACUUCUCCUAUGAUCUCUGUCCCAGAGCCAAGAUCUUUCGUCGCGACCAAGGUUAUGUCAAAGACCUGGACUCCUUGAAGUACAUCAUGAGGUUUAAUGACUACAAGAAGGAUCCAUACUCCAAGGGUAACCCCUGCAAGUCCAUCUGUUGCCGUGAUGACCUGAAUAAAAUGAGUCCUUCACCAUCCGGUUGCUAUGACACUAAGGUAACAGAUUUCCUCAUGGCUGGGGACUUCAAGGCGGAGGCAGUGAACGGGCCAACAACGCAGGACGGACUCCCACCAUUCAUUUGGGAUAAAUUCAGCAACAUCAGCCACCAGGGCCUGCCUGACUACUACAACUUCACCUUCAUCAGGAUGCAGCCUCUUCUCUUUGAGCCAUGAGGUGUGUGUGUGUUCUGGCUAAUGCUUUCAGAGUAAUAAUAGGUCAAAGGUACAAUCUGUACAAUUAUUAUUUUUAUUUUAACUACUGCUUAAAGUCUACAAUUGCGUCCAGUCAACAUAUGCUUUCUUCUUAAAUCUUCUUGAAUUCUGUGUGUAACAGAAAGCGUCCUUCCACCAAAUGAUCUGACAAUCAGAUUUUAAAUCAGUAUUUUUAACACGUUUUGUUGGAUGAUUUACUUUGGAAUACAGGAGAAAUCAGAUGUAUAUUUUAUACCCUGUGCCUUGAACACUGAGAGUAACUUUAUAUGUUUUAUAAAAUGCAGAAUCAAUGCACUAUAUCAGUUUUCAUGCCAUUUUUGCUUGAAUGUUUUCAUACAUGCAACAACUAUGAUUUUAGUCGUAAAUGAAACAAUCAGUGCAAUACUCAGGGCUGUUGAUCCUCUCUGAUGCUGUGAUUUAGUAUGUACAUCUAUUUCUUAUAAUGUGCAAAAUAAGAAUAUCUCUGGUUUGUAUUUUUGUAUAAGCCUCUGUUUCUUAUCACCAUGCCGUCAUUUCAUGUGUUAAUUGUUUAUUAAAGUUGUUCCAGUGCAG